ACGGUUUUAUUUAUUGUUAUUUUUAUGCGAUUGAUUGACUGAUCCUAAAAAUAAUCCAAAUGGCGCAUGAAAACCAUGGUCUUCCUCCAGAGGAACACAUCGAUCACUGGAAUGAAGCAACUAACAUUUACAUGGUUGUUAUCGUCGUUUCGCUUUGGUUCUUUUUCUAUGUCCGAAAGAACAAAGGAAAGAUUGUUAGAAUGCUGACUAUGAAGAAGACUAGAGAUCAGACAGAUCUUAUUAACAGCAGGUAUAAAGAAGAGCUACAGCAAGUCAGAUUAAGACAACAACUAGAAUCAUACUACAUCUCUCGAAAAUGGGACCAAGGCAAACCUGUAAGCCAAGAACAUCACAUCAACUUGAACGGUCUGUGAAUGACAAAUUAGAGACCCAUGGAGGACUUUGCAGAUAUGCUGGCAUCAAGUAUAUACAUCAUGAAAUAAAUGAAAACUUUGUGUAGUGAUGCUUGUAUGGACCAUCUUGAGAGGGGGAUGGAUUGAUGUUCAAAGCUAUUCUUGAUUGAACACCAUGCACCAUCUCAGAUGGAAAGUAAUGAUUCAGCUGCCGGAAACAACAAUUUGUUGUGUCAACGAAAAUCAUGAGGCACCUUAGAGAAAGUUCAAGCAUCUUUAAGUCACCCCUUUCAUUGGUCUCUUACAGCAGGAAGUCUGCUUAGCCUCCUUUACCCGGGGAUGCCAGGUUUCAGACCAAAGUCUGAAUUCAGAACUUUCCAACAUAUUUUUGACCUCAGAAAACGCCUUUUCCAUGCAGGUAAGGGUCAUUCAAGAUGACUUCAGACUUUUUUUUAACAAGCCUAUGUGGCAUCCCUGUUUACCUUCUAAUCAUCUCAUUUCUGCAUCUGGGCAAUUCCAUAGGUUGGUGGACAUGAGCUCAAUGUGUCUUUGUACUGUAUAGCCCAUCUGAACCGUAACGUGAGUAACCACUUUAUCUGCACCCCUAGUAAAAACCAUGUGUUCUUUAUUUUUUUAAUUAUAUACAAAGUUUGUCUCCCUAAUA